GUAGCGUGGAUUGAUUAGAAGAAAAAUUGCUUUUUCUGGCGGUUUUCCUCGAAGGUUUUGUGCUGCAAAAUACCAAGUCCUGUGUACUGCGAUGGUUUAAAUUGAUAGUCAACAAGGAAAAACGGCAAUUUCAGGCAGCUGAGUUGUGAAUAUUAUUGUAAAUUUUGUGUCUCGUAUUGAUAACUUCAGUAAAACACUCAGAAAACGCAUGUUUUGACACAAACUGCGCACAUUUUUUCUUCUUAAUUCUGCAUAUUCGUUCAGGUUUCUGCUGCGACUCGUGGGGGGCUCCCUUCCCCCUGCGGACCCACCACGGCGUCCACCAUCGGUGUGCUCAUGGAGAACGUGGAUCUGGUGAACCGCCAGUUCCUGCGCCACCUGGAGUCGGUAGGCGGCGGCGGCGACAGCAGCUACGACUCGCCGCCCUACCCGGAUCAGGAGAACGUGACCAGGGCGCACCGCCACCGCAGCGGCGGAAGGCGGCGUUCCGGCGGCGGCCGGUGCGUGCAGCAGCAGGUGCAGCAGCGGCAGGCGGCGAACCUCCGCGAGCGGCGGCGCAUGCAGUCCAUCAACGACGCCUUCGAGGGCCUGAGGGCACAUAUCCCCACCCUGCCCUACGAGAAGCGUCUCUCCAAGGUAGACACGCUCCGGCUGGCCAUCGGAUACAUCGGCUUCCUCAGCGAGUUGGUCAAUAGCGGUAGGCAUCCGGCGGAUCCGCUGCAGAGUCAGGCAGCAGAACAGCCGAAGAAAGUCAUCAUACAGUGUCACAGAGGUACACCGGCAGGUUAUGUUCCAUUAGCGGGACACUCCCUGUCGUGGUCCAGUGAGAAACCAAGCGCACAGAAUGGAAGUGUCAUGGUGGCCAAGGUGUGGACGCCCGAAGACCCCAGGAGGCAUAAAUCCGAGAACAGUUCUUCGCUGGGAUCCACGUAGACUGUCAUUUCUUUUUUCUCGGUCGCAGAAUCCACAUAUCGCACAAAAGUGGACUAGGACGAACUGUGUUCCCUUUCAUAGUUGGACAGAGCUUGAACAAAUUAUACUACAACCGAACUAAUGCCGGAUGUUAUGUACAUACUUUUUGAAAUCGGUGUACACAGAUUUAAAUGAGAUGUAAUUUAUUUGUUUUGAUUGUAAUUUAAGCUUUAUAUUUGAGUUUGAGCAAUGUUUUGACUAUGGUUAUCUUACGUCUGCAUAUAAUGUGAGGACAAGGUCGUAUCUUCAAGCUGGCACAGUGUAUCGCGUGUAUUUUUGAAAAUUUAGUUUUGUCUACAUUUUUAAGGUAGCGUUUCAAAAUUGUUCACUGUAUUCUUAUUGGAAUUGAAAUGGUUAGCUGUAGCCACAAAAUUGCAAGAGUUUUGUCAAACAAAUAAAAGUGAGGAA